AAGCAAGCUGACAAAUUAGCUAGGAAUGCAAAGUUAUUGUAGCUGAACAGCAGUGUCUGGCUGAACAGUGAAGAUCAAUGAUUAAAGAAAUGUCCCCAAUCUCCUUUUUGUGCAAAUUGUUCGCAUUCACCUUAUUUCUGGCUGCUGCAACAUCUGCUAAUGUCUGCUCUCGUUUCCUUCCUUCACCAAGUAAUAAUGGUGGAUUAUUUACUGGUGGUGUACAAUUACUCAUUCCUUCAUGGACCUUCUCUUGUCAAGGAGUUAUUAAUAAUUGGUUUGCUCAUGUCACUGGUAAUACAUCAGUUACUGUUGGGAGUGGAAUUGAGUUUCAAGUAUUAAAACCAGAUCCUGUUAAGAGUAAUGUCUACAAUCUUAUAUAUGGUAAUACGUAUGGAAAAGGUGGGGAAUCAUUUAAUGGCAGUAGAAUAGAAAUCGAUGCUUUAAAUACUGGUUCACAAGCAAAUCUUCCAGUACGUCCAGGCUAUAUAGUAGGAGUAUACAUUGAUUCAAAUGCAGUUAAUAAGUUAAGUCUAAUAUAUGAAGACACAGCAGAAGAUAUUGAUAUAUACUACUGGGAGAAUCUAACAGGACGAAUGUGUGAUCUUUCUUUAUGUGAUGCCAAAGUGAUGAGAGGAGUAAGACCAUUAAUUGGUUGGACAUUCAGCAAUAUUACGAGUGAGAGUACCCUAUCAUCUCAAGAGAACACAAUAGAGUUAUUAAGAAGUAAUGCUAAUCCUCAAUAUUGCAAUGAUAGCACUUCAGCAAUCACAAACUGCUCAUUGUUGCCAAGUACUAGUAGCGCUGAGAUAACAAUGUCUUCACUGCAUACUUCCAUAACAAGUUCACAGUCUUUGCUGUACACAAGCAGCAGCACUUCAAAGGAAUACUUCCAUACUACUACUAAUUCCAUUGAAGGUAAAACUUCAUCAUCGCUAAUUCCUUCUCAUAGUACUUCUCCUACAAUGCAAGCUUCUUCUCCUAUAAUACAAGCUUCUUCUACAGCAACUACAGUAUCUUCUACAGCAAAUACAAUAUCUCCUACAGCAGCUACAAUAUCUCCUACAGCUCUAAGCAAUGGGGGAACUUCAACUCAAUUCUUUUUCAUUUUAGGUGUAUCAGUUGCUGCACUUCUAAUCAUCAUCAUUGUCCUUUUACUUGUCUUAAUUUUCCUGUUUGGCUACAAGUGCAUUAAGAGAUGUCGUAGUGAAAGACUUGCCAAUAAGACGAUAGUAGACUCUGCUAGAAAUACAACUGGACAAAAUCCUCAUAUAUCAACGGGUGUCAAUCCUUCAUAUCAUCAACACUCAAUCAUUACUGCAGCUGGUCCUACAUGCAACACAGAGAGAGAGGAAGGGAUUCAAAUGAAAGAGGGACAACAGAAUUAUGAAUUGGUUGAUAGCAAUAAAUAUGAUGACAUUCAUGUUUAUUUCCAGCCUGACCCACCUCAUGCUAUCAAGGCUAAGCUCCAUACUUAUGGGAAUGUCGCUAAUAACAAUUCAAAGUGGAAUGAAUAUGGUCCUAUAUAUGAGGACACUGAUACAUUGUAGUUUUUAUAGUCUAAGUUUUUUAUUGUUUAUUAAAAAAAUAACUUUUUGGAGUUUUAGGGUGUGGCUCAUGAUCUCAACACCCACGAA